CUGGGUUGGGUGGGUCAGGGACCACACCUACGGAGUAGAAAAAAACUGCUAGACGGGGGAUUGCUCUGGAGUGGUUUGCGCUGUCGCGAUUAAUAUUCGCUUAAUUUUCUAAAAUAUUUUGAGAGAUGGCUGCAGACUGCGUCACCAAGGUCGAGCUCUCCGUGUCCUGUAACAACCUCAUCGACAAGGAUGUGGGCUCCAAGUCGGACCCCCUGUGUGUGCUGCUGCUGAACUCCGGCGGCGACAAGUGGGUGGAGCUGGACCGAACGGAGAAGAUAAAGAACUGCCAGGACCCGGAGUUCUCCAAGAAGCUGCGCGUGGAUUACUACUUCGAGAAGGUGCAGACCCUGAAGUUUGGAAUCUACGACAUCGAUAACAAGUCCACAGACCUGGGGGACGAUGACUACCUGGGCGGUUUUGAGUGCACUCUGGGGCAGGUGGUGUCCAGUAAGAAGCUCAUCAGACCCCUGGAGCUGAAGAAAGGGAAACCUGCAGGAAAAGGCACCAUCACUAUCACAGCCGAGGAGCUCAAAGAUAACAGGGCCAUAGAGCUGGAAGUGGAGGCUCGCGGGCUGGACAAAAAGGAUCUGUUUGGGAAGUCGGAUCCUUUCCUGGAGUUUUAUAAACAGGGCGAUGAUGGAAAGUGGCAGCUUGUUCACCGGACAGAGGUUAUCAAAAAUAAUCUCAAUCCCUCAUGGAAGAAGUUCUCGGUCUCUCUCCAGACCUUCUGCAACAGCGAUAUGAGCAAGCCGAUCAAGGUCCAUUGCUCUGAUUACGAUAGCGAUGGCUCUCAUGACCUCAUCGGUAUUUUUCAAACAAAUGUCUCUGAGCUGCAGAAAACUAGCCUCUCUUCACCGGUGGAGUUUGACUGCAUUCACCCUGAGAAGCAGAAGAAGAAGAAAAGUUACAAAAACUCCGGGGUGGUGAAGAUCAGGUCUUGCAAGAUUGUGGCAGAUUACUCAUUCCUGGAUUACAUCAUGGGAGGGUGCCAGAUCAACUUCACAGUGGGGAUUGACUUCACCGGGUCCAAUGGAGACCCGCGGUCCCCCGACUCUCUGCAUUACAUGAGCCCGAACGGGCUGAACCAGUACCUCUCUGCGAUCUGGUCCGUGGGGCAGGUGAUCCAGGACUACGACGCAGACAAACUCUUCCCUGCCUUCGGGUUCGGAGCCCAGGUGCCGCCCAACUUUCAGGUGUCCCAUGAGUUUGCGCUGAACUUCAACCCCAGCAAUCCUUACUGCCAGGGCAUACAGGGGAUUGUGGAAGCCUACCGCGUGGCGUUGCCCCAGGUGAAGCUGUACGGACCCACCAACUUCUCCCCCAUCAUCAACCACGUGGCCAGGUUCGCGGCGGGAGCCGCUCAGCAGGGCACGGCAGCUCAGUACUUCGUGCUCCUGAUCAUCACAGACGGGGAGAUCACCGACCUGGACCAGACGCGGCAGGCCAUCGUGGAGAGCUCCAGGCUGCCCAUGUCCAUCAUCAUCGUGGGCGUCGGGGAGGCCGACUUCAAGGCCAUGGAAUUCCUGGACGGGGACAACGGCGUGCUCAAGUCCCUGACCGGCGAGCCCGUGGCCCGCGACAUCGUGCAGUUCGUGCCUUUCAGGAACUUCGCCAACGCGCCUAAGGAAGCCCUGGCGCAGAGCGUGCUGGCCGAGGUGCCCGCGCAGCUGGUGUCCUACUUCAAACUGCACAACCUGCCACCAGUGCAGCUUCCCAAGCCUGUGGCCAAGUGAGGAGGCCGAGCUGUAGGACCUUCUCUCACCACCAGGCGGCGCCACCUCCAUAGCAUGCCACUAUAAACAAUUUACUUUAGACAUAUUUUUUUAGCGUAUAUGUAUAUAUAUUUUUUACUUGCAGAGAAUUAUUCGUUAGCAUGUAAUUGCCUUAACAAAAUGCCUGAAUAAAUCGACGCUGCCGUUUGUUCUGCAA